AUGUCCCGUCAGGCUAAACGGGAGCCUGAUGUAGAAAGCAAUACUGGAGGACAUGCGGGACAAGAUGUCCUCGACUUCGAAGACCCUUCCUGGAUAAUUGACCACCAUCGCCACAAUUUGAUACAAAAGAUCUCUCAACCGGAAAAUCCUUGGUUUGAAGUACUCGUCUGCUUUGGGGGAAGACGAUCUGCACCAAGCGCCAACGCCCACAACAACCAAAACCACGGUCAGCAGAAGCCUAGUGAUGGUCCUCAUCUGGAAAUAGCUGCAAAUAAGCUGCAGCCCACAGGGCCUCCAAACCAUGGGCGGCUGGAAGAGAAGGAAGAGAGUUACCGAAUAAAUCUCUCCGAGUUGCAACGCCUACGUUUGCGACAGCUUCAGCACAGACUAAUCCAACACGCAGUCGAUCUUCGAUACAACGCUCUAGAGCCAUCUGGUUGGGCCGAGGACCUGAGACAGUAUGUACAAGCACUGCAGGAUUACGAGUAUAUGGGGAAAUACAUCUGGCCACCCGGAGACCCAUUCUACGUUACUGGCGAACGAUUUGUUGACCGCUGCAUGCUCCAGGUCGCUAUGAGAGGCAAGGAGAACGAAGCAGAUCCUCUGCAUUGGGCAACAUCUAUGGGCAAGUGGGAGACUGCCGGCAUACGUCCAGUGCCCAUCGGCGGCACCCGGGACGAGAACUACCGCCAGGGCUGGAUCAGGGGCCUCCGACAACGGGUGGGCAUGGCCGGAGUAGGCGGCAUCUUCCUCAUCGUGCCUAUGUGGCUGAUGGUUUUGCACAACACGCUCUACACGGCGUUGGUGUCCACCACAGUGUUCGUUGUCAUAUUCGGCCUGUUCAUGGCCCUGGUUCUUGACAAGUUGAUGGAUGUCAUGUCGGGCACAGCCGCGUAUGCAGCUGUGCUAGUUGUCUUUGUGGGCCUGACUACUACCAAGAACACUUCGUAG